AGCAGGUGCUCCACAACACCCACUUGCACUCUCAGUAAGGUGCAAGAUGAUGGAGACGAGGAUAUACUUUAUCGGGUGACCAUUCUGUACGGGAUAUCUACCGUAGUUCUCGUUUCUGUUGGGAAUUAUUACAUUUCUUGUUACAUUCUGCCUACGGUUCACCAUUUUGACUGAAAAUAAUGGAAAAAUAACCCAGGAAAUUAACAUUUUAAAGUUUUCCGCCUCUCAACAUGUAACAUGAUGUAUGUCCAUGUCAGCCGCAUUUGUCGAUUCGCUCGUAGCAAAGACGUUGGAGAAUCUGACGACCUUUACCAGCGAGCUGGCGGUGCAAGUGACUGAAGCUCUCCCCGGGGCUGAGGACGAUCCCGCUCAUCUGGACGAGGAGACUGAAGAACUACUGACAGAUGUACUAUACUGUGCUGAUACUCUGAUGGGUGAAGAUGGAGUAUGGGAUGUAUCCAGUGCUCCAGCAGGAAUGGCGCACUGUAUACCAGGUAGAAAAUUCAGCCACGUUUCCUCUCGCUUGGUCAGUGUGACGAUGUCUCAAGUGAUUCAGAGCCUCCAAGACACUUUCAACACUGAUCAAGAAACAAUUGAGCGGCUGAAGCUGAAGGUGCAGCAGAGAAAGCCAGCAGCAUUAACACUACACCUGACAGUGAAGGAGGCCAUGGUUCACUGUCGAAGGUCUCUUAAAGGGUCAACAAACACAUAUGUAACAGUUACGUCACCUACUGGCGCUGUUCACACAACUCGCACUAUAAAGGGAACACUUUACCCCAAGUGGAUGGACAAAUUUGACCUGCUUCUGAGUGACCUUCAGAGUGAUCAACUACUACUUGAAUUAUGGCUGGAAGCGGAAAGGGAUGAUCGCCGUGCACAACGAAUAUAUCGCAAAUUUGCCCACAGCUCCUCCAGCUCACCACUCUUACUGGGUUCCCUCCGGCUCCCAGUCAAGGAAAUUGGCCUAUCAUAUCUUGAUGGUUGGUAUGAAGUCGAUGACAGAGUUGAUGAGGCAGAUCAGGAAUAUGACUCCAGUAAAGUAUAUAUAUCUGGCUGUAUAUCGACGAUAACAGAUAUAAAGAAUAAACAGUCCCAUGGAGCUCUUGUGAAACACGUCAUGGACCACGUCCUUCACACCGGCAUUAGUAAGGAGCCAUGGACUGGAAGAUUACCAGAAGGCGUUGCUGCAGUGACGGCUCAACACGCCCUCUUGCUAAGCCUGAGUAUAGCAACCCAGCAACUCAUCUGGUGGAGGAUAGCUUCUCAAGAAACUGGUGUGGAUGAUACUUGGGCACUGUCACAGCUCAAAUCUGUCCAGAGUUCACUUGUUAUGAACUUGUAUUCCAGUGAAGAACUGCUAGAGUUUACGUCAUCGCUGUGUCAAUUUCAAGAUAAAUGUACCGAGCGGAUAAAAAAUUUGGACACUCUUUUUCCAAUGUCAUCAGGUUACUCCAAACUUCAGCUGUCAUCCAUGUUGAAUGCUCUUCAAAGUCUGCAGACUCACCCGAGGACCAGACAACUACUGGGAGAGGCUAAGCGGCCAUCUGUCACCCACCAAGUUAUUGGAGCAAUUGAGCUAUAUGCAAAAAAUUGGUGGUGGAAACUAUCACAGGAGACCAUUCUGAAGGCCACCAGUAUUGAUGACCAACUUGCUGCAGUUCUCUCAAUCACUGAGGAAGUUCUUGUCGUUUUGGAAGAUCACUCUCAAUAUUUUGACGCCAUUUUCAUGAAAGAGAUGAAUAUUCGUGCUCUGACAUACAUUUACCAGAUUGUAGUCAGCAGCCUGGUGGAGUGCCUACAGCCAGCCCUCAAUAAGUUGCACAACAACAUAAUUGAUCCACAAAGCUCAGAGAAUCCUGAUCACAUACCACACUAUGACUUUGGGUGUGGUUCUUCUCUCUGGAAAGUGUAUAAGAAUCUUAAGAGAAUCUCAACACAAGACUUGGGCCUUCCACUUGUGGUAAAGGUGAAGACAGGUAUUGACCAGUACUACCAGUGGUUCAUUCCUGGUGUACAGAGCUGGAUCCACUUCACCAAUCAUCUAGCCCGUGAACAGGUGUGGGAGGCACUGCAGAGGGAUAAUUUUACUCCCAUAGACCAACACAACAGCUUCAGCCACUCUUCAUUAGAGACAACUGCCAUCUUUCAUAGUUUGAAGGUGUGGUGGUACAAGCUGGCUUGGCCUGAUCCAGAUUCAAGUGUACAGUUCCUUCAAAUAAUGUUGGAAAACAUGUAUUCCCUCUGUAUAUAUUAUGUUGGUGCUCUGUGUGAGAGAGCAGAUGAUAUGCUUGAGGAAACAUCAAAGGGUUAUCUCAUUUGCCAAAAGGUUUGUGUCGGAGCCCAGAAUGUUGAACACAUUCAAAAGGAAAUGGAACGACUACUUGAAAUCAUUGGCUUUGACUCACAAGUUCAUAAAAUCUGCCAAGCUGGUGGCUCAAGCCUUGUUAGCCAAAUACGAGCCAGUGUGGAUACAUUGUUUCUUAGCAAAGCAGAUGACAUGAAAGUCAAAAGCCAAGAGCUUAGGGAUACAAUCAUUUAUAAGAUGAAAUCAACUAUUGAAAAGUGUCUUGACGAAGCGUGUGAGUGUGGAAGCUCCUCACAGCUGUUGAAGGAGGUGCUCGACCCCUCCCUUAACAUUCUUCACAAUGGACUCGAAGAUAACAAAUUUCAAGAUUACCUCUGGAGAUUCUGGAAAUUGAUUUUGAAGAUUUUUUGUACCAAAGUAGCUAAUAAUUCUAAGUGCGAGAGAGCGUAUUAUGAAACCCUGUAUAAAAUAUUACAAGAAACAUUCAACUUCUUUACACCUCAAUCUGGAGGUUUGGAUCACCAUAAGGCUAAAAAUGAAGAAUACACUUCCCUUCUUAAUCACCUUGAGAUUAUGAAGAUGAAUACAGAUGCCCUCAUUUCCCAUUUCUACCACGAACGAUGCAAUGAACAACAUGAAGAGUUACUCCCCAAGAAAGGUCUGCUUGUCAUUAGAACAUUCUUCAAGGAUUCAGACCAUUUGGCUGUGAGGGUCAUCAUGGCACGGGAUGUGGUGUUGAAUGAUCAAAAUCCUGGUAAUUUACCUCUGGAAUAUUUUGUUAAAGUGCAGCUCCACCCAAAAGUAUGCUUCCCCAAAUCUAUAAAGUCAAGCACAAGAGUCAUAAGAGAAGAUCCAGCCACCUAUGAUGAAGAAUUUGAAUUUGAUAUCAGCACAGACGGUAGCAACAUAAGUGAGGGUGUCCUUGUGCUGAUGCUGAUGGACAAAAAGAAGAUUCAUAGAGACGCUGUCCUUGGUGAAGCCUUUGUGACACUGUCUAGCAUUGCAGCAAGUUCAUCAGAUGUGAAUAACAUGUAUCUUCAUAUGACUCUACCAAGUAUUAAUCACUGUUACAGGUCUCUACAAGUUCUGCAAAAUAGACUCCAGGACAACACUGCACAUAAUUUCUUGAAAACAAUAUCUAAACAUCACCCAGGACUCAUUUAAACAGAAGUAAAGUAGGAUGCCCUAGGAUGGUGAUCGAGAAAAGUGUAUGAAAAUACAAUGUCUUGUGCUAACUGUAUAUAGGUACCGUAGUCUCCAAUUUACGAAGAUUUAGUAUACAAAAAUCUCAAGUUGAGAACAAAUAAAUAUUGCCCGGUGAAUCGGUUUAUGAUUAAAAAAUCUGAAGUUAU